AUGUUCUACCAAGUAGGUUGUGGCAAAUCCACCUUUUUGAAUGUACUGCUCGGGGAAGUAAAAAUCGAUUCCGGUGAAGCAUUAGUACAUGGAAAAAUAUCGUAUGCCGCCCAAGAGCCAUGGGUUUUUGAAGGCACUAUUCGCGAUAAUAUUGUUUUCGUUGAAGAUUAUAACGAGCGACGAUAUAACCGUGUACUAAAAGUUUGUGCACUCGAAAGAGAUUUAGAGCUAUUUCCUCGUGGAGAUCUAACCAUUGUAGGAGAACGUGGUGUGAGUUUAAGUGGGGGCCAAAAGGCACGUGUUAGUUUGGCACGUGCUGUAUACCGAAAAGCUGAUAUAUACUUAUUAGAUGAUCCAUUGUCGGCAGUAGAUACUCAUGUUGGUAAACAUAUCUUUGAGCGUUGUAUUACUGAUUUUCUUUCGGGUAAAAUCCGUAUACUUGUAACACAUCAACUGCAGUAUUUAUUUGAUGUAGAACAGUUGCUGUUAAUGAGUUCUGGCAGUCUUGUUGCGCAAGGUAGCUACCAAGAAUUACAAAAAUCGAAACAGUUUCAAUUUUUAGAGCAAACGCACGAGGAAGGAGGGGAUGAUGCUGUUAGUGUAGGUAGUCAUAUAAGUCGAAGUGAUUCGGAGAAAAGUAUGGAACACCAUCAGAAACUUCUAAAGCCAGGAGAACAACCUGCUGAAGAUGCUAACAAGGAAAUGCAGGCUGUCGGAUCUGUGAAAUUUAGUGUAUAUAUGUCAUAUUUUAAGGCACUAGAAAGCAACAUUAUUUUAUUAGUAAUCGUGGGCUUGUUUAUCUGUACUCGUUUUAUGUUAACUGGAGUAGAUUAUUUCUUAUCACGCUGGGUUAUAUGGGAAGAAAAAGUAGCACUUGUUGAUGAAUCUAUUCAACCAAAAUCAGUUCUUUGGACCGAAGGAGAAGAAAAUUCCACUUUCAACACAACACUACCAUCUACAAUGCAUACAUUUAGCGUGGAAAAUGAGACAGAUAUAAUUUCCAAUGUUACUAUUAGAAAAAUUGAUAAUGAGGACGAAAAACGACAAGAACUAAUCAUAUUUUACUCAAUUAUAUUAGGAGCCACUCUGAUUAUACAUUUGAUGCGUACAUUCGGUUUCUUUAGAAUGUGCUUACGAAUUUCGUUAAAGUUACAUGAUCGUUUGUUCCGUGGUAUUACAAGAGCUAGUAUGUACUUCUUCAAUACGAACUCUUCCGGUCGCAUUCUGAACCGAUUCUCGAAGGAUAUACGCACAGUAGAUACAGAUAUGCCGCACACAUUAUUUGAUUGUUUCUCAUUUGCCAUUGAUGUUUCUGGAGUUUUAAUAAUUGUUGCUGUUGCCAACUAUUGGCUUUUAGUCCCUGCGAUUGUAAUCAUAGGAUGCCUAGUAAUGCUGAGAUAUCUUUACGUUAACACUAGUCGAAGCGUUAAGCGCAUAGAGUCAAUAACGCGCAGUCCUGUUUAUUCACUUACAAAUCAGACAUUUCAGGGUCUAGUUACUAUACGUGCCUUGGAGGCUGAAUCUGCACUAGAAACAGAGUUUCAUGAUUAUCAAAAUGCUAAUACCUCCGCUUGGUUCCUGUUCUUAUCUUGUACUCGCGCAUUUGCCCUUUGGUCUGAUAUUGUAUGCGUCUUAUAUAUUUCAGCAGUAACCUUUAGUUUUCUGUUGUUGGGCAAAGAGUUCAACAGUGGAGAUGUUGGCUUGGCUAUAUUACACUCUACAACAAUGAUUGGUAUGUGCCAGUGGGGUUUGCGACAAACCGCUGAGUUGGAAAAUGAAAUGACUAGUGUGGAACGUAUUAUUGAAUACAUGGACCAACCAUCAGAGCCGCCACUGGAAACUGCUGAGAAAUAUAAGCCAAAAGGUGAUUGGCCUAAUAAAGGACGUAUUGAAUUCAGUGAUUUCAAGUUAAAAUAUUCGCCCAAUGAUGUUUAUGUACUUAAAGAUUUAAAUUUCACGAUUGAGUGUCGUGAAAAAAUUGGUAUUGUUGGACGCACAGGUGCUGGUAAAUCUUCAAUAAUACAAUCAUUAUUUAGAUUGGCCUGCAAUGAAGGUUUAAUUCGCAUUGAUGAUGUCAAUAUUGAAAAUAUGGGCCUACAUGAUUUACGUAGUAAAAUUUCGAUUAUACCACAAGAUCCAGUUCUUUUCUCAGGUACUUUGCGCUAUAAUUUAGAUCCAUUGGAUGAACGCAGUGAUGCAGAAAUGUGGAAGGCGCUGUCUGAUGUGGAAAUGCGUGGCCACGUUUCAACGUUGAUUGGUGGCUUAGAUUGCAGAAUGUAUGAUGGUGGUUCAAAUUUCAGUGUGGGGCAAAGACAACUGGUUUGUCUGGCACGAGCUAUAUUAAGGAAAAAUCGUAUAUUGAUAAUGGACGAAGCUACCGCAAAUGUGGACCCAGAAACUGACAAACUUAUCCAAAAAACUAUACGCUCCAAGUUCGCUGACUGCACAGUGCUAACAAUCGCUCAUCGAUUACAUACAGUAAUGGAUAGUGAUCGGGUGUUAGUGAUGGAUGCAGGGCAGGCUGUGGAGUUAGGACAUCCGUAUGAGCUUCUACAAAAUCCCAACGGCUAUUUAAGAGAACUAGUAGACAAAACUGGUACAGCUACAUCUGCUGCACUAUUACAAAUUGCUAAAUAUAGUUACAAUAUAAAGCACAAUGAGUCUGGCAUUGAAGAUUUAAACAGUUCAUAGUAAGCUAACUGAUUUGCCACGGAGUGAUACUAGAAUUUA